AUGUUCAACCCCUUCACGCCCCUUCUCCUCCUAGCAACAACCGCCCUCACCACCGCGGCCCUGACCCCGCCACCCGCCAUCCUCACCCCCUGGCAAAUCACCUCCCUAGGCACGCACUCCCCGUCCGGCCGCCCCGCGGGGCACCCCUACUCGCAGCUGGCCUUCUCCAUCCACGACCCCAACACCAUCACGGUGGGUACGACGCCGUACGGCAACGCGACCUUCCCGCCGCUGUCGGCCAACUGCACCGUGGUGUGGAUGUCGUACGGGCCGGACCCGCGCGAGGAAGGGUUGGUGACGGCGUGUGAUGAUGGGGGCCAGCUGAAGGGGCGGUGGACGUUUGAGGUGCUGGAGGGGGAGGGGGAAGGCGGGGGGUCGGCGACGGCGGAUUUUGGGUUGAGGGUGCGGUUGGAGGAGACGGUGGUGUUGGGGACGGGGGCGGCGAAGGAGAACGCGCCCGUGUUGGUGAAGCAGGAGUUGGAGGCGAUGGAGUGUGUGGUGGGGGAUUGUGAUAAGCAGUGGGAUGAGUGA